AAGCCGGGCUUAGUUGUCAUGGAAACGACGGCAACGGGCCUCUCGAAGUGAGGCGUCUGUUUUCAGGCCUGUAUUGGAUGCCAAACACAAUCAACAUCCGAAGAGCAGCAUGUUUAUUUACCUGAGCAAAAAGAUUGCAAUUCCUGGUAACGUUAGACUAAGAUGCAUUUCUUGGAGCAAAGACCAGGGCUUUAUAGCUUGUGGUGGCGAAGAUGGUUUACUCAAAGUUUUACAGUUAGAGACAAAAACAGAUGAUAGCAAAUCAAAGGGACUUGCAACACCAAGCAAUCUCUCAAUGAAUCAAACGCUUGAAGGUCACAGUGGUUCUGUGCAGGUAGUAACUUGGAAUGAACAAUUUCAGAAAUUAACUACUAGUGAUCAAAAUGGGCUCAUCAUUGUGUGGAUGCUAUAUAAAGGUGCUUGGUAUGAGGAGAUGAUUAACAAUAGAAAUAAAUCUGUUGUCCGAAGCAUGAGCUGGAAUGCUGAUGGACAGAAAAUUUGCAUUGUAUAUGAAGAUGGUGCUGUGAUUGUUGGUUCUGUGGAUGGGAAUCGUAUUUGGGGGAAGGAUUUAAAAGGUAUGCAACUGAGCCAUGUUGCAUGGUCUCCAGAUAGCAAAACUCUACUGUUUGGAAUGGCAAAUGGAGAAAUACACAUAUAUGAUAAUCAAGGGAAUUUUAUGAUGAAAAUGAAAAUGAACUGUUUGGUAAAUGUAACGGGAGCAUUCAGCAUUGCUGGAAUACAUUGGUAUCCUGGCACAGAAGGCUAUGUUGAGUCAGAUUGCCCUUGCCUUGCUAUUUGCUUUGAUAAUGGAAGGUGCCAAAUAAUGAGACAUGAGAAUGAUCAGAAUCCUGUCUUAAUUGACACUGCCAUGAACAUUGUGAGUAUCCAGUGGAACCACUGUGGGAAUGUGCUGGCUAUUGCCGGCUUCCAGAAGGUAGCUGCUCAAGAUAAAGACAUAAACCUUGUGCAGUUCUAUACUCCAUUUGGUGAGCAUUUACGAACAUUGAGAGUUCCUGGCAAACAGAUGUCAUCUCUGUCUUGGGAAGGAGGAGGUUUGAAAAUUGCUCUAGCGGUUGAUUCAUCAAUUUACUUUGCAAAUAUUCGGCCAGACUAUAAGUGGGGUUAUUGCUCUAAUACAGUGGUUUACGCAUAUGUUCGACCCAGUCGUCCAGAAUAUUGUGUGGUCUUCUGGGAUACAAAAAACAAUGAAAAGUAUCUGAAAUAUGUCAAGAGUCUGAUCUCCAUUACAACUUGUGGGGACUUCUGCAUUUUGGCAACGAAAGCUGAUGAAAGUCAACCACAGGAGGAGCAUGAGACUGAAUCUAUUGGUACAAUGUAUGUACUGGUUCUCUGCAAUUCCAUUGGUACUCCGUUGGAUCCCAAAUACAUUGAUAUUGCACCAUUGUUUGUUACUAUGACCAAAACCCAAGUGAUAGUGGCUUCAAAAGAAGCAUUUUAUAUCUGGCAAUAUCGAGUCGCCAAGAAGCUGACAGCCAUGGAGAUUAACCAAGUUGCACGGACUAGAAAAGAAGGCAGAGAGAGAAUUUGCCAUGUAGAUGACACUUCUUCUGGAGCAGCAGAUGGAAUACUUGACUAUACUAAAGCUCUUCAAGGAACUAAGGAUCCAAUUUGCGCAAUAACAGCUUCUGAUAAGACACUUAUUAUUGCACGGGAAUCUGGCACCAUUCAGAGAUAUAGUCUUCCCAAUGUUGGCUUCAUUCAGACGUAUGCCCUAAACUGUUGGCCCUAUCAGUUGUCUUUGAAUUGCAACUCCAGUCGUCUUGCUAUCAUAGACCUCUCAGGCGUACUGAUGUUUUUUGACUUGGAUACACGAGUAACGGACAGUAAAGGACAGCAUGUAGUAGGUGAACAACUCAAACUGGAACGCAAAGAUGUUUGGGAUAUGAAAUGGGCAAAAGAUAACCCCGACUUAUUUGCCAUGAUGGAGAAAACAAGAAUGUAUGUGUUCAGAAACCUGGAUCCUGAGGAACCUAUUCAAACAUCUGGAUACAUUUGCAACUUUGAAGAUUUGGAAAUUAAAUCUGUUUUAUUGGAUGAAAUAUUGAAGAACCCUGAACAUCCUAAUAAGGACUUCAUCAUUAAUUUUGAGAUUCGAUCACUUCGAGACAGUCGAGCGUUGAUUGAAGAAGUAGGGAUUGAAGAGUCUUCUCAGUUCAUAGAAGAUAACCCACAUCCAAGGCUAUGGCGUUUGCUGGCUGAAGCAGCUCUUCAGAAGCUAGAUCUCCAGACUGCAGAGCAAGCAUUUGUGCGCUACAAAGAUUACCAAGGUAUUAAGUUUGUGAAGCGCCUUGGCAACCUGAAGAGUGAAUCCAUGAAGCAGGCUGAAGUGGCAGCUUAUUUUGGCAGAUUCGAAGAAGCUGAAAGGAUGUAUUUGGACAUGGACCGAAGAGAUCUUGCAAUUAGCUUACGGAUAAAACUUGGAGAUGGGUUUCGAGUGCUGCAGCUUUUGAAAACUGGCUCAGGACAUGCAGAUGACAGCCUUCUGGAGCAAGCCCAUAAUGCAAUUGGAGACUACUUUGCCGAUAGACAGAAAUGGGCAAAUGCAGUUCAAUAUUAUGUCCAAGGAAGAAACCAGGAACGUUUGGCUGAAUGUUACUAUAUGUUAGAAGACUAUCAAGGGCUAGAGGACUUGGCCAAUUCUCUUCCAGAAAACAACAAGUUGCUUUCUGAUAUAGCCCAUAAAUUUGUUACAGUUGGCAUGUGUGAACAAGCUGUAACAGCCUUUCUCAAAUGUAACAGACCAAAGGAAGCAGUAGAUUGCUGUGUACAUCUCAAUCAGUGGAGGAAAGCUGUUGAGCUGGCUAAGCAACACAAUAUGAAAGAGAUUGGUUCCCUGCUAGCUAGAUACGCAUCUCAUUUAUUGGAAAAGAACAAACCACUUGAUGCUGUCAAACUCUAUUAUAAAGCCAACUAUUUCUUUGAUGCUGCUAAGCUCAUGUUCAAGAUUGCUGAUGAUGAAGCUAAAAAGAGGACAAAACCAUUGCGAGUUAAAAAGCUGUAUGUCAUGUCAGCUUUACUUGUUGAACAGUAUCAUGAACAAAUGAAAAAUGCACAGAGGGGAAAAAUUAAAGGAAAGACUUCAGAGGCUACUUCGGCAUUAGCUGGUUUGCUUGAGGAAGAUGUUCUUUCUUCAGACAGUCGUUUGAUUGAUAAUGCUUGGCGAGGAGCUGAGGCAUACCAUUUUUUUAUUCUUGCCCAAAGACAGCUCUAUGAAGGCUACGUAGAUACAGCCAUGAAGACUGCGCUUCAUCUGCGGGAUUAUGAAGAUGUUAUUCCUGCAGUAGAGAUUUACUCUCUGUUGGCUCUCUGUGCAUGUGCCAAUAGAGCCUUUGGUACCUGCUCAAAAGCUUUUGUGAAACUUGAGUCUUUAGAAACACUUAGUCCAGAACAAAGGGAGCAGUAUGAAGACCUUGCCCUGCAGAUAUUCGCUAAACAUUGUCCUAAAGGUAGCAAGAAAUCAGACUUGGAUAGUCUUCUGGAAGAGGGAGAAGGAAAGCUUCCCACCUGCGUUGCUACAGGAAGGCCCAUCACAGAGUAUCAGUUCUGGAUGUGCAGCGUCUGCAAGCACUGUGUGCAGGCCCAAGAAAUCAGCAAUUACAACUUCUGCCCUCUCUGCCACAGUUCAGUGUCCUGAUCAGAGGGAAAUGUGAAUGCCCCUAUUGGUAUGCACAGCCAGUGCAAGUUCAGAAAUGUUUAGAAGCCCUAUUAAGACAAGUACAGGGAGGAAUAAACUCAGAAGUGAGUUAUGUCUCAUCCCAGCCUAUAAAAAACUGAACUAAUUUGAAUCCUUUCUCUGAAACAGCCUCAAGCUGGCAGGCUACUCUCUAAGUGUAAAUUAGGUACAGGAUUUAAACAAAGUGAAUAAUUGCCUUGUUUUCUCUGUCCUUUUGAAGGCCAUCAUCCUUAGUAUACUAAUACUAAUGUUAAAAUGGCAUCCUUGCCAAAAAAAAAAAAAGUUGGGAUCCUGCCACUCUGGCCAGCUAAUCCUCCAACACAAGGAGUCCUUCUCUAGUAAAAAAAAGGAGGAGGAUCCCUUGGUCCAGAGGAAGGUUCUGUAUUUAACUAACCAGAGUGGUAGAAUCCAGUCCAUUUUCUCUUUGGCCACUUUAUGCAGGAAGGAAAACAGCCCAACUACGUUGCAUAAAAUAAUUAUGCUGAUAUCGCUUUCUAAGCACAGUUACUGAAAUGUGUUACUUAGACCAAAGGUCCAAAAAAACGAGGAAGACAUUGUUGAUCCACACACAGUGUCUGAGUUGUGUGUCAAGCUGUUUCAAAACAGCUGACAUCUUAUUGAUGUACUUUUUUGUCAGAGACGAGUGAAGUGCCUAUUUAAGUGUUUUGAAAGGUUUCUUCUCAGUUCUUGGAGAGGAAAACCAUGCAUGCAGGACCCAUUUGCUUGUGCAGUUCCCUAUCCAGUGGGGAUGUACACUUGUAAUCCUGACUCUGCAUUUAUAAUGGUGCUUGUUGGAUCUGAAUAAGAGGUCCUCUCUCUUGCGUUUGUCAGUUUUUAUGUUAUCUACCAUUAACUACUAAAUAAACAUUUGGUAGGCUCCGUGGUCCAAGUGAACAUUCUCAGUUCUUUUGCAAUGGAGAGACAUAAUACCAGCUCCAGCACCCACAAAGAAUUCUGGAAAAUAAGCUAGAUGUUAACCAUUGAAUUACAACAGUGUAACUUGGGAGACCAUGGGUUUGCACAUGUAUAAGUUCUCUGUCUAAAGCAGACAGUUUUAAAAAGGACCAUAUUUCCUUUGUAAGUGGAUAAUGAAAUGUAUGUAUACAGAAGUUGAUCUCUGAAUGUCAUUAGAGGUGUGAUUUGUUAAUCUUUAGAUAAAUAUGGCCAUUGUUAAAGAAAUAAAUCAAUAUUUUGCUUA